GCUCGGCGGGCAGGUGUGACCGGGCGGGCCCGGGCCGGGGCUCCCCCGCGCGGUGCUGGCGGCCGCCCGGGCCGGCUCGUCCCGCGACCCCCCCGAGCCCCGGGGCCGAUCGCCGGCGGCUCCGCGCGGCUCGCAGGCUCCGGAGCAGGAGGUGGGAACCGCGGGCGGCUCGGGCUUGCUCGGCUUCUUCUGCGCUUGGCUUUUGGUGGUUUUCCCCCCGCUUGCUGUAUGCGGCUUUUGGGGUUUGUUUUUUUUUUAAUUAUUAUUUUGUUCCCCCCUCCUCUUCUCCCACCGCGGGUAUUCGGAAGCGAAGCGGGAAUGCCGCGGCCCCGGGAGAGCCUCGGCGGGCCGGGCCGGGCCGGGCCGGGCGGGCCGGCGGCGCCUCCCCCCGGUUCGGGGGGUCCCCGGGCUCGGCCCCCGAACGCCCCUCUCUUCCGUUCUCCAUGUCAUUUCCUGUGCUAAUAAGAUGGUGGUCACGGCCGGGAGGGAGGGAGCCGCCGCCGCCGCCUCCGCCGAGCCCGGCCCGGCCCCGGGAGCCGUCCUCGCCUGGGACUAGCCAGCGGGGCCGGCGGGGUGGGAGGGCGCAGCCAGCCGGGCUCCCCCCGCCCCUCCCGGGCGGAGCGGGCCCCCCGACGCCGAGGCGGGCUCCCCGCGCCCGCAGCGCCGAGAACAUGAGUGAGAACUUGAAGGACUGUUUGAUCCAGACCCAGGCUUCCCUAGGGGACAUGGUGACGAUAAAAACAGAGGCCUGCUCUCCACACCGAGACCAGGAGUAUGGACAGCCUUGCUCUGGAAGGCCUGACCCACAGUCCAUGGAGAUGGAACCCAAGAAACUGAAAGGGAAGCGGGAUGUAAUCAUGACCAAGAGCUUUCAGCAAGUGGAUUUCUGGUUCUGUGAGUCCUGCCAGGAGUACUUUGUGGAUGAGUGUCCAAACCAUGGCCCCCCAGUGUUCGUGUCUGACACGCCAGUGCCCGUUGGCAUUCCGGACCGGGCAGCGCUGACCAUCCCGCCCGGAAUGGAGGUGGUUAGAGAGCCCAGUGGGGAGAACGACGUGCGCUGUAUGGGCGAGGUGAUCCCCAAAGGUCACAUCUUUGGGCCCUAUGAGGGGCAGAUCUCUAGCCAGGACAGGUCUGCAGGAUUCUUCUCGUGGCUGAUCGUUGAUAAGAACAACCGCUACAAAUCCAUUGAUGGGACAGAUGAAACCAAAGCAAACUGGAUGAGGUACGUCAUCAUCUCCCGGGAGGAGAGGGAGCAGAACCUGCUGGCCUUUCAGCACAGCGAGAGGAUUUACUUCCGCGCCUGCCGUGACAUCCACCCUGGGGAGAAGCUGCGAGUCUGGUACAGUGAGGAUUACAUGAAGAGGUUGCAUAGUAUGUCCCAGGAAACCAUCAACAAUUUCACAAGUGGAGAUAAAAUGUUACAGAAUGACAAGUCAGAAAAGAAUGUAGAAAAUCAAGAGGAUGCAAGGGGAGCACUCCAGUUCACUACCUUAAAGCAGGGGAAGAGCCCCUACAAGCGCAGCUGUGACGAGGGGGAAUCCCACCCCCAAACAAAGAAAAAAAAAAUUGACCUCAUCUUCAAAGAUGUCCUGGAGGCUUCUUUGGAGUCUGCCAAGUUUGAAGAGAGCCAGUUAGCAACAAGUACACCACUUUCCCUCAGAAGAGCAUCUAAAUACCAGGCUGAAGACAUCUUUGAGCAGUGUGGCAGUGCCAUGCAGCAUGGCUCCCUGAGCCUCAGCAGAAACCAGAGUGAGAGGGAAUGGAGGGUCCCUCACAGCUCCUCUUUCAUUUCAGCCAAGGAGAUGAGCAUCCUUGAAGAUGAGGAAGAAGAGCCCCUGUCACUUAAAGCAGACAGCCCAACCGAGCUGUCACUGGCCUCUGCACAAGGCAACUCCCAUGAAAUGCCCACCACAUCCUUCUGCCCCAACUGCAUCCGGCUGAAGAAGAAAAUCCGGGAGCUGCAGGCUGAGCUAGACAUGCUGAGAUCUGGCAAGUUACCCGAGGCACCCGUGUUACCGCCCCAGGUACCUGAGCUCCAAGAGUUCUCAGACCCCACAGCUUCAGAAAGCAUCAUCUCAGUUCCCACCAUCAUGGAGGAUGAUGACCAAGAGGUGGAUUCUGCUGAUGAAUCAGUUUCCAAUGACAUGAUUGCUGCUACAGAUGAGCCUUCCAAGAUGUCUUCUGCGACGGGCCGGAGGAUACGGCGCUUCAAGCAAGAGUGGCUUAAAAAGUUUUGGUUUCUGCGGUACUCCCCGACACUGAAUGAGAUGUGGUGCCAUGUCUGUAGGCAGUACACAGUGCAGUCUUCUCGGACUUCAGCCUUCAUCAUUGGCUCUAAGCAGUUCAAGAUACACACGAUAAAGCUGCACAGCCAGAGCAACCUCCACAAGAAGUGCCUGCAGCUUUACAAGCUCAGGAUGCACCCAGAGAAGACAGAAGAGAUGUGCCGAAAUAUGACCCUGCUCUUCAAUACAGCCUACCACCUGGCCCUGGAGGGCAGGCCCUACUAUGACUUUCGGCCUCUGGCAGAACUACUGAGAAAGUGUGAACUCAAGGUGGUGGAUCAGUACAUGAACGAAGGAGACUGCCAGAUCUUGAUCCACCAUAUCGCCCGGGCUCUCCGAGAGGACCUGGUUGAGCGCAUCCGGCAGUCUCCCUUCCUCAGCAUCAUUCUGGAUGGGCAGAGCGACGACCUGCUUGCAGAUACAGUUGCGGUCUAUGUGCAGUACACGAGCAGUGAUGGGCCUCCAGCAACUGAGUUCCUGUCUCUUCAGGAGCUCGGCUUCUCUACAACAGACAGUUACCUCCAAGCAUUAGACCGGGCUUUUUCCAGCCUGGGAAUACGAUUGCAGGAUGAGAAGCCAACUAUCGGCUUGGGAGUUGAUGGUGCUAACAUUACCGCCAGCCUGAGGGCCAACUUGUUCAUGACAAUCAGAAAGACCUUGCCCUGGCUUCUCUGCCUUCCCUUUAUGGUGCACAGGCCCCACCUGGAGAUUUUGGAUGCCAUUAGUGGGAAGGAACUACCCUGUCUGGAGGAGCUAGAAAACAACUUGAAGCAACUGCUGAGUUUCUAUCGUUAUUCUCCCCGACUCAUGUGCGAGCUGAGGCUCACUGCUGCCACUCUGUGUGAGGAGACCGAGUUCCUGGGGGACAUCCGAGCAGUGAAAUGGAUCAUUGGGGAGCAGAACGUGCUCAACGCUCUCAUCAAGGAUUACCUUGAGGUUGUGGCCCAUCUCAAAGAUAUCAGUGGCCAGACUCAAAGGGCAGAUGCUUCUGCCAUUGCCUUGGCCCUCCUGCAGUUCCUGAUGGACUACCAGUCGAUUAAACUCAUCUACUUCCUGCUGGAUGUGAUUGCUGUGCUCUCACGCCUUGCCUACGUCUUCCAAGGGGAGUACCUUCUUGUGUCGCAGGUGGACGAUAAGAUAGAGGAGGCCAUCCAGGAGAUCAGCCGGCUAGCAGACUCCCCUGGGGAGUACUUGCAGGAGUUUGAGGAAAACUUCCGUGAAAGCUUUAAUGGCAUUGCUGUGAAAAAUCUACGGGUGGCUGAAGCCAAAUUCCAGUCGAUUAGAGAAAAGAUCUGCCAGAAGACCCAGGUGAUCCUAGCCCAAAGGUUUGAUUCCCGCAGCCGGACAUUUGUGAAAGCCUGUCAGGUAUUUGACCUUGCAGCUUGGCCCAGAAGCACUGAUGAGCUCAUGAGCUAUGGGAAGGAGGAUAUGGUACAAAUAUUUGAACACCUGGAGACAGUCCCAUCGUUUUCCAGGGAGGUUUGCAGAGAGGGGAUGGACACCCGAGGGAGUCUGCUGAUGGAGUGGCGAGAACUCAAGGUGGAUUAUUAUACCAAAAAUGGUUUUAAAGACUUGCUCAGUCACAUUUGUAAAUACAAACAGAGAUUUCCCCUCCUAAAUAAAAUAGUUCAGAUCCUCAAAGUCCUUCCCACCUCUUCGGCCUGCUGUGAGAAGGGGCGCACCGCCCUGCAGAGAGUGCGCAAGAACAACCGCUCUCGGCUCACGCUGGAGCAGCUCAGCGACCUGUUGACGAUUGCUGUUAACGGGCCGCCCAUUGCCAACUUCGAUUGCAAAAGGGCCCUCGACAGCUGGUUCGAGGAGAAGUCGGGCAAUAGCUACGCGCUCUCGGCCGAAAUGCUGAGCAGGAUGACAUCUCUCGAGCAGAAGCCGAUGUUGCAGAGCAUGGACCAUGGCUCUGAGUUUUACCCUGAUAUUUAGGAAGGAAUGCCUCAGAUCAGAUAAUUUUUUUAAUCUAUACUCUAAACUUUGAUAUAUUAUAUAAAAUAUAUAUAUUAUCUAUAUUAAGGAAAAACCCACACUGAAAAUUUAAAAGUUAAGACGAUGUGCGUCUGAUAGAAGCUAAGCAGAAUUUUAAAGAUUGAGACAAUGUUUAGACAUUUACUGGUGUCUCCAACCAUGGCAGCUGCAAUGUAGGUGGCAACAUUUCAUUCUUUAGAAGCAUGUGCUGGGGCCAUACUCUACAUGUUCAAACCUAACAACCUAUAAGCUAGACAACGGGUCUUUGUCAGCCUCAUCCUCCCAGCAGUUUCCUUUGUAUGUGUUGUCGGUUUGCUGGGUUGUUUUUUGUUUUGUUUUGUUUUGGGUUUGUCUGUUUGUUUGUUUGUUUGUUUGUUUGUUUGUUUGUUUUCUCCUUGGUUUCAAUCUCUGCCUCUCUUUCCAUUGUUCAGCCCAGUUAUUGAGCCAUUUCAGCCUUUUGUUGGCAACAGUCAGAUUUCUGAUUUCCGACAGAGCAUCCCGUGUGUUUAUGUUGCCCCCAGCUCCACCCAGUUCUCUUCAGUUGAGUGGAAGCUUUCUUCACUCAAAAGAUUACUGACAGGAGAGAAGGGCUGGGGGAAUUAUUUUGGGUUUUCAUUCUGAUUCAGAAACAGAUGCCUCCACUAAACUGUGAUGCCCCUUUCUCAGUUCUCCCUACCUUUGGGCUGUAGAGUAAUACUUGGCUUUCAGCUCCUUUUAUGAUAACCGUAGUACCAGUCUAUCAUACGUAUGUUAUAACAUGAUGUCAUGUGCAGACUAUAAAAUAGCAAAAUAGAGAAGGCAGGGGGAAAUUUUUGCAUUUAUAUUUUUAUAUUGUAUGAGAUAAAUAUAUAUAUAUAUAUACAACUAUUCAUUCAAAACCAGGGCUGCUGUGGAAGCUAGACAGCCAAUGAGUCAAGAGCCACCUCUGGGCGGAGAUUCAAAGGCUUAAAAAAUUAUAUUCUAAUUUACAUUAUUUAUACUAUGUCUUUAUAAUCCUAGAUUGUUGUGGGGUUUUUGUUUUGUUUUGUUUUGUUUGGAAUGACUGAAAGAAAAACCUGCUGCAGUUUGGUGGCAGGAGCUAUCAAUGCAAGAUUAUCUUGGAUUAUAUUCAUGUGUGAUGUCCUACAAAGGUUCACUUACUCUCUUGUGACCAAGGUAACAUGUUCCACAGCACAGCAGACUGAUGACAGCAGGAAGAAGGGAUGCUCUGCUUCUUCCUGCAAAACAUUUCUUCCUUUCUUGAAGGAAUGCAGAAUCCAGCUGAAUUGUGAAUGGGGGACUUGCACCUUCCAUCACAAAGAGAUUGUUUUGUGGGCUUGGGGCUCUACUUUGUUUUAUUCUUUUAAAGUAAACAAGCUCCAGGCAUCCACACAAUAUCACUUCAGGUUAGAAAAGAGAAAAAAUAAAAACACAAAAAAACCCCAACCAACCAACCAAAAAAAAACAUCACACAAACAAAAAAGGUGCAAAAACUCCACAGAUGCUAGUGCCUUGCCCUGCUGAUGUGGCAUGGACAGCACCAACCUGACCAGAUCAUCGUGGGAGUGAGACAUGUUGUCCAAAAGGUGUCCAAGCCAACAUGUUCUCACUUCCCAGAGGGAUGAGCUUUGUGCCAAGCUGUGUUGUUUGGAAACAUGAUGGUGGUAUCAGCAACACUGAACCUUUCCUUUCUCCUGUUACCCCCCCUGCCCUUGGUCUUGGUGCUAAGAUAUCUCUAGAACCGUUGCUGCUAGUUGAUAGCUUUUCAUUUAUAUAAAUAUAUAUAUAUAUAUAUAUAUAAUAUUAUUUUAUUUUUUAAACUUUUUUGUUUGUUUUCAAUGGAGAUGUAGCAUGUUUGGAACCGAUCUCUCUCUGAGUCACUUUCACUGCCAGGGUUCACACACUGUCUUCCCCAGGAAAACACACACUUCUACCUAGGUCUCACUCACCUCCUGCUAACCCUUUUGCCUUCAGCAGAACUUCACAGCCAGCACUGGCAGAGGUGUGCAGCCAAGCCACUACAGACUGGUUCAGCUUUCAGACCCCACAGGAGCAGCUAGCUGGUGUUGGUCAGGGUUUUGGAAGUGUUUGCCUCUGUCCCUGUGGGAUGAGGAGGGACUGAGCCCACCCAAAGCACGAGUGGUGGCCUGUCCUUGUGUCCUGACACUGCCCCUUCACUAUCAAACAGGGCAUUUCAGUCAGAUGGUGCAGGUGGAGCAGAGCAGACCCUGUGAAUGUAGCAGCCAGGGCUGGUCAGCACCCUCUGUAGCACUUAGCCCUUGCCUUACCUCUGACAGCAGGUGCAGCCUGGGGCUGGCUCGGGCAGGAGAGGGCACCUGUGCCAGGGCCACCCCCCUGCUGCCUCACUGCCGCCAGGGGUGCAGGCGUGGGUGCUCUGCCUUGUGGUCCUCACGGCAAUGUCACCAGCUAGGUCAGGGCAUCACACAGUUCCAACGCAGGGGCAGUGAUGCAACACGCCUAGCAAGCAUGAAAAAUGGCUUUGUUGAUCCUUUCAUCCAGAGGAGUAAGAAUUAAACUAGAAAGCCUCUGCCAGCUGUGCAGCCUUGGGUGGUUGUUUGCCUGGCCAUAAAGUAGGGACCUCUUUAUACAAGCUGCUUGUAGCUCUCUAGAUGUGGUGAAUUGGCUCUGCUCAGGGUGCUGCCACAAAGCUCUGGAACUGCUGCCUGCCAGGGAGGUGGCAGGCUCCCUUCCAUUUAAAACUUGAGGAGAUGUAAAGAGAUAAAAAACUGCUGCUCCAUUAGCUUCUGACUGGAGAUGGGCAAGGUGAACAUAGAUCAUAGAACCUGUAGAACUCCAUAGCUCUUCGUGGGUGGAGAGGAAAAAUCACCUGCCUUUCUGUUUGCAGCAACAAAAGGGCUUGGCAUAGAGGCCCAUCAAAGUGCCUGGCCCGCGUGAAGGGAAGGAACAUUUGGGGACAGUUUCCAGACACCUUUGGAGAGAGGAAUGCUCCCCCAGGGCUUGUGCUGAGCAGCCAGAGAGGCCUGUUUACAACUCCUGAUCCAAGCCUCCUAACUUUGGUCACUGGGGAGGAAAUGGCAAGGUAAGAGUUGCCAGAGGCCUGUUCAGAAACUAUUCUUCCAAUUUGUCACUCCUUCCCUUUGGUUCACUUGCAAAUCCUGCUUUCAUCAGUGACACCUUUUGCUGGCAGCUCUUACUUCUAAUGGUGCAAUGAAAUGUGCAGCUGUGGUGAUUUUCUCUGGCAGCCAGCUGACACAGGCAGAGCACUUGUUCCUUUAGCAAAUAACUUUGCUUGCAAACAGUGAUUCCGUGCCACUGGCUGUUGUGGAUACCCAUGACAGAAAAGGUCAGAGACACCUUACAUUGGUGAUGGGGAUAGACAAGAGCUUGGCAGAGCAGCUGGCCCUGCCCAGCCCCCAUCCCAGCUCCUCCAACACAAUUCCCUGUUACCUGCACAUCAGAAAAUAAGCCUGGCCUUUGUCCUAGGGUAAUGCAGGUGCUUUGCAGGCUUUCCCUCCAGGUUAACCUGCCUGUCUCAUAUCUGUAGCUCUUACUUUCAUGGGUGGUCUGUGGAUAGAAACAUGACUACCAGCAUAGACAAGAUAGGGAGGAGGGAGGAAUAUCAGUGCAAAGCACCCCUGGCUUCCCAGGGCUCCCAAGCCUUUCCCUUGUCUGGGCCCAGCCUGGUGGUAGUGAGGCCAGGAGGCAGCAGCAGGCAUGGGGAGGGCUUAGCAGGGUGCUGAGGGAGGCUUCAUGGCUCCAAGAUUGCCGUUCAUCAGGUUUAAUCAAUGCCUUUCCUGCUGUGCUGAGAGAGCAAGAGGAGUUGUUUUGAAUGUGUUGCUCACAGCAUCUUGAAUUGGUUAGGCUGCAAAGACAGAGGGUUCAGUUUUUCUUGAAUGAGCUCUUUAUUGUCUCCUUCCCCUGCAUCUUAGCUAUGGCAUCUGACUGUGAAUAAUGCACACUUCUCCAGACCCUCGGGUUUAUAUUUCUAGCCCGUGGGAUUUUUGGUUGCCAAUUUCCCUUCCCCACUUUUUGCUCAGGCUCCUUGCCUCUUUUACCUUGCUGUGAAGCAGAAAUCUGUGAAGCACAUUUAGACAUGUCCUUCUGCAGGGCUCACCUGUGUCCACAGGGGUCCAGGCCCUCCAGCCACGAGACUGACCUCAGCAGGGAUAAUCCUCACAAGAGACCAAAGCUCUUCCCAUACCAGCAAAAGCACACAAAGUUACGGGGGCUGCGAGGGUCCUCGUGUGGCGUCUGCCUCGGGUCUCGAGCCAGCUGCAGCAGUGUCCCUCGUGCUGGUCACACUUUUGCUGGUAUGACUGUUCAGACGUGAUUCAGGCUCAUCUCUUUCUCACAGCACAAACACAACCAGAUGGCCCGCGGGGUCUUUGGAGUCCCCCUCCCUUCUUAUCUCAUGAGGAUUGCUGUUUGUUUGACCAGUGCCUGGACAGCUGGCUUGCAAGUAAGCAGCAACAGCCUCUGCUUUUGCAGAUUCCCCUCUCAGCCCUGUUAAAAGAGGUCUUAAAAGCAGAGAAAUGGUACGUUAAUCCCCCAGCCAUUGUAUCCAAUGCAGUAAUGCCUAUGCAAUUCCUGUCUCCCUUGGAGACACGUAUGAUGUGUGUGCAUGUAAGCUAGUGUAUGUAUACAGUACAUAUGCAUAUGGUCUAUAUAUUGUAUAUACGCACAUCCCAGUACAUAUACACACAGUACAAAAGAUUAAAAUCACAUGCUUAUAUAUCUAUAAAUGAAAUCCUAUAUAUUUAUAUAUUUCUAUGUUUUCGAUAGAUAUAAAGAUAUAAUAUAGAGAUAGACUCAACCACCCUUGUGUAAGGCUGGCCCUGUGUUCUAGCACAAGGCAUGGAACACUGAAGACUUUGGACUUUGGGAUGGUUUUAGCCAUACACUGAGGCCUACAUUUACAUGUAUAGCACUCUAUGGAGAGGGGCUUGGCUGUGUUUAGGGCAAGGGGUUUCCUUGCUGGCAUGCUAACCAAGUGAUAAAUAAGGUUUGUUUAAUAGUGGAAUGUCUUGGUAGGGAGAAUGCUUGAGUGUCCUUCUGAGAAAGCCUCUUGCUGAGGUCCUGUGUGUUCACUCUUGGACAGACACAUAUCCCACCCUCAUAUGCACUUUUGUCUCUGCAUGGAUGUGGUUAGCAACUGCUGGCACUGGUGCUGCGGAAAGGUGGCGUUUUGCUGUUGCACCUGGCAUUCCUCAGCAAUCACCAGCACACUGCCAGGGACACCUGUGCUGGCCAGCACUCACACAGCACCAGCGAGAGCGUGGGUGCAGUGUGGGCAUGGGUCAGUGACACAGCUGUGGCGCUGGGAUAAAGGCAGCAGGAGAGCCAAGGCGGGUGUGAGUUGAGAAAGGGCUAUGGCCACGCAGCUGGAGGUGGCAGGGAUAGUGUAUGGAGCUGGAGCAGUGCAAACAGGAAGGAACCGUGAAGUCGCAGUGGUCAGGAUGGGAGUGUGCGAUCCCAGCUGGGGGCCGCAUUCAGCUCCGUUGGGUCAGGCUGCCGCUGUCCUGCUGCAGGAGCUCUGCUCCCUCAGGUCUCACAGCCCCUGAGCAGCCUGCCUGGCCAGGGGCCCAGGGAGGCUUUCUGGAGGAAAGGGAAUGAUUGAUUGUAUGGAAGACAUGGUCAGUGUCGCACUGUGCCUUUGGGCCCCAGCACACAGCGCUCGGACCUUGCCAGGCUGAAGCACCGAAGGGUGCAGCCCUCUCACCCUGCCCACGCAGACACCUUCAUUUCCAUGCUGGAUGGAGGUGGAUCUGGGCAGCGAUCAGCCCUCCCCGAGUAUCUGCCGAUGCCUGUGGGAUGGACAGCUUUGUCAUCCCUCCGUCCCUCCCUUCACACACUCGCAGGUCACUGGCCCUGCCGCAUCCUGAAGCUUUGGCUGGCACCUGAGAGGUGCCUCUGGCCGGCCUGGCAGCAGGUGGUCAGUCAGCGAGCUGCUUCCCCACAGGGGUUGGAGGGAAGCAUGGAGGUUUGCCUUUGCAGCUCCAUGCCAGGCCUGGCACCGCCGCACUCCUCGCCAUUGGUUUUUAUUUGUUGGCUCGGGUCGGGAGAAGGGCGAGUUGUGCUUCCCACCCGCCAACCCUGGUACCGCAGCAGCAGACGCUGUGCGAGCUGCCGCAGGCCCUCACACACCUCAGUGCCCUCUCCAGGCCUCUCUCCUCCACACAACUGGUAAUCCACCUCAGCCGCGCUGCCCGGCGGCGGCUCCCGCUCCGUGCCCGGCGGGAGCUCCGGGCACCCGCUCCUCACAAACCUCAGACAGUCGUGUCGCUCCGGCCCCUCGCUCCAUGCCACUGCCGCUCGCCCGGGCCGGCCCGCCGGCGCUGACCCGCCGAGGGGCUCCCGUGCACUGCACCUCACUCAGAUAAGCUCGCUGGGCUACGCGGGGGAGCCACGUCUCGUUUGCUGUAAUGUCCCCGACGCUACAGGAGGGCUACGGAGUUCCUGCCAGUCAUGGCGUCCUCACAGACUCACCUGACAGUUAGCAAAAAUGCAUUUCUACUUCCUGAGAACGAGGUUUUGUCUCAAACCUCUCCAUACCCGCAUCCAAGCACAGCCCUGCUGAACUGUUUCAAGUGAUCUCUCACCCACCCGCUCACCCACCACACACACAUAUGAAAUGAGAGAAAAAUAUCUAGACGUCUAUUACUAUAUAUGUAUUAAUAUGUUAAUAUCACUCUUUUGGAGACAUUAAAAUGUUAUUACUUUACAGACUAUGCUUUAUAGUACCUGUGUGAAAGGACCUAGGACACUGGAUACGAAUAGAGCUAUGUUGAUAUAUCAUAGUAUGUACACGAGAACUUUCCUUUUGUCAUAUUAUCCUUGUAAUGUAAAAUGAUUGUUAAUAAAAAAAAAACAAAAAACAUUUAAAUUUA